GCUCUGACAUCACUGUAGUUCAGAGAGAUUCAGAGAAAGUGAAACUAACUUGAUCAACAACAAUAUGAACACCUGAAGCGAUCAACCUCUUUAAACAACAGAAUAUUUAUUGAGCCGUUCAAAGAGUCUUGUGGACACAUCUGAUACUCACAGGCAUAAAGAGCAAAAGAACAAUGACAGAAUCUUCCCCAAUAUCACCAAAAAAACGAGAAAGGACAGGGAGUAUUGAUGAUCCUCCAUGUGAGAAAAAUCCUGAAGUUCUGUGUGACUUUUGUGAGGAAAGAAAGCUGGAAGCCCUGAAGUCGUGUCUGGUGUGUCAGAGCUCUUACUGUGAAACUCACCUGGAGCCUCAUUUGAGAGUGGCAGGUUUAAAGAAACACAAACUGAUCAAUCCUGUGACGAAUCUGGAGGACUAUAUAUGUCAGAAACAUGUGAGACCUCUGGAGCUGUUCUGUAGAGAUGAUCAGACAAUCGUGUGUCUGUCCUGCACUGACGGAGAUCACAAGAACCACAACACUGUUCCUAUAGAAGAAGAGAUUGACAAGAAGACUAAACUGAUAAUAAAACUGCAAGAAGUGCAGCAGAUGAUCCAGGAGAGAAACAAGAAGAUUCAUGAUGUCAAACACUCAUCAGAAGUCAGAAAAAAAAACAAAGAGAAGGAGAAAGCAGCCCAUGCUGAGCUCUUCACUGAUCUCAUCCGCUCCAUUGAGAAAGGUGAGACUGACCUGCUGGAGAGGACGGAGGAGCAGCAGAAAGCAGCAGAGAAACAGGAGAAAGAGUUUGUUGAAUUCCUGGGUCAGGAGAUCACUGAGCUAAAAAUAAAAAACACUGAGCUGAAGCAGAAGAUCACUGAGCUACAGACGAGAAACACUGAGCAGGAGCAGGUCUCACAGACUGAAGAUCAGCACCUCCUCCUACAGCAGAUUUACUCAUCCCUGCGCAGCUCUGGAAACACCAGGAACUGGUCUGAGAUCAGUGUGAAGACUGUUGAGAGUCUGGAGACUCCGUGGACAGUUCUGACUCAACUGAAGGACACUCUAGAUGAGAAACUCACUCCAACUGACUCUACAGAUCUGAAGAGGAUGCAGCAGUAUGAAGUGGAUGUGACUCUGGAUCCUGAUACAGCUCAUCUUGCUCUCAUUCUGUCUGAUGAUGGAAAACGAGUGAGAGAUGGAGACAUUGAGCAGAAACUCCCAGACAAACCAGAGAGAUUUAAUCCAUGUCCCUGCGUCCUGGGAAAGGAGGGAUUCUCCUCAGGGAGAUUUUAUUUUGAGGUGCAAGUGAGGGGAAAGACUGAAUGGGAUUUAGGAGUGGCCAGAGAAUCCAUUAGCAGGAAGGGAAAGAUCACAGUGAGACCCAGUGAUGGAUUCUGGACUGUGAUUCUGAGAAAUGGGAAUGAAUAUAAAGCUGCUGCUGGUCCCCCUGUCUCUCUGUGUCUGAGAGUGAAGCCGCAGUGGGUCGGUGUGUUUGUGGAUUAUGAGGAGGGUCUGGUCUCCUUUUAUGAUGUUGAGUCCAGCUCUCAUAUCUACUCUUUCACUGGUCAGUCUUUCACUGGGAAACUCUAUCCAUAUUUUAGCCCAGGCCCUAAUGAUGGAUGUAAUAACUCGACUCCACUGAUCAUCACACCUGUCACAUGAUUUUCAUUAGGGAUGUGCCCGAAGCCGAAUACCAUGUUUGGAAAGGAAAUAAUGUAUGGAGCCCCUAAAGGGAAUAAUUAUGAAAUGGGAGGAAAAAAUAUAUUUCAAUGCUUUCUCUGGCAAUUAUAUAAUUGGGUAAUUAUAAUAUAUAGGCCUAUAAUUUGCCAGCAUCAGGGAGCUGCUAUUGAUAUGCAGAGUAUGGACAUCACGUUUCAAUGCACUCUGCAUUUUACUUUCACUUUAGAGAUUUGCGAUCACACGUAUUGUGUGUAUAGUAGUGAGUGUCAGUAUUACUUAACACACAUUUCACAAGAAAUCUGUACUAUAAGGUAACAGGCUCCUGCGUUUUUCACUCCUGGUCUGAAGAGGCAUGCUAGAGACUGUGGUCAUUGCGUAUGAAGGUAAAUCAGUAGCAAAACUCGAGAGGUUGCUGAUUUGAAUGUGAGAACUUGUCAUAUUAAUAUGUAUUUGUAAAUUGAAAUUUACACUCACAGCCCUGAUGUGAAAAGCUGAAUGUUUCGAUUUGCAAACACAGACAACAAUCAAAACACCCGUGUUACGAAGUUGAAGUUGCAGACUAAUAGUUACAAAUGUGUAAAAUGGCAUUCACAUAAACAAAAUGACAGACACAAGUGUGUGAGACAUAUUUACUUUUACACUUUACUUCAGUUUCGCUGUACAACUUCAAGUCGACGCUUGCAACCUCUCAGAUCUGGCAGUACAAGUUAAAUGUCCUGUUUGUCAUGAUGACGUCCCCGCCAAAGGAUGUAGUCCCUUUUGGAAAUUUGUUGGAACCACCAUUUUUAAGACACAAUAAAGGUUUAAAAAAUCACAAGCGGGUUAUAAUUGGUGUGUUUUAUGUCACAGAUCAAAACGUGAAAAUAUUUAGAGGCUUUGUUAACCACAGACCUUAUUUCAGGCGAUUUAGCAAAAACCCAUUCAAAAAACCCAUAGACUUUAGAACGAUGGAACCGGAAGUCCUAAAAUACUAACUCGCUUCUGGGUUUUGCCAACAAAAACACGUCAUCCCUGAAAAACUCUAUUCCGUUGUUUUAUCCAUUAAGCACAAUAAAAGCCUGACGAUGCUAAAUGUGUUUAUUUCAAUAAUAUAAUACACAUAUUAAAGUUUGGUGGCAAUAAAUGAAAUGGAUCAACAAAAACAAUCAUUAUAAUAAUACUAAUAAUGCGUAGCCUACUGAGUUGUUUGAGGCAAGUAAAUUGUGCUGCUAUUUUAUUGUAGCCUAAAUACUGUUUAUAUGACAGAACAUAUGAUGAUGUAAUAUAGGCUACAGGCUUAUAUAUUUAAAAUGUUUAGUAAAUAGACUUGAACUUCCAUAUAGUAGGCUAAUGGUGAAAGCAAAGUGAAGCAUUCACAUGACUGGAAACAAUGUGGCUUUGUUUUUCAUUAAUCACAUUUCUCUGAAAACAAUACUGAAAACAAUUUACGACAACAUAAAAAAAAAAAAAAAAAUCACAAAGCAUCUAUCUACACAAAACAUUAGUGCGGUGGGGAACAGGAAAGAGGAGGGGGGACAAUCGUGCUCGGGCUCGGUUCAAGGCAACUGUGCCUAGUGUGAGUACACCCUCAAUUUACAAAUACAAAUAUUAAUACGACAAGUUCUCCCAUUCAAAUCAGCAACCUCUUGGGUUUUGCUACUGAUUUACCUUCAUAGUAUACAAUUAUUUCUUCAUUGAUCCACUUGCAUUGGCUACAAACGCUGUGAUUACAUUUAUUUUAUUUAUUUAUUUUUUUUUUUAAAUGAGGCUGGUUUCAACUUGGCCAAAAGACGGAGAUGUGGAAGGAAUGUGAUUGGGACGAUAGCCACAGUGGAUGUCCCGGGCCAGAGGGGUGCCAACAUUGCAAUGUGCGCAGUAAUAUCCACUGCUGGACUGCUGUUACACAAACCUCUAAUUGGGCCAUACAACACUGAGCGUCUCCUUGCAUUCCUGCGUGACCUCUAUGGAAGGGUCGUGAUAGGAGAGGAAAGGGAUGCAGUGAGCAGAAAUCUACCAACAUUUAUAAUUGUAUGGGAUAAUGGUAUUUCAUCACUUCUGUGCUGUCACCAAGUGGUUUGCAGCCCAUCCCAGGAUGGGAUAGUGCUCCUUUUCCUCCCACCGUACUCUCCAUUCCUCAACCCCAUAGAGUAAUGGUUUAGGACCACCAUCCACAUGAUGAAAUAUCCCUCCUGGAUGCGAUGAAUGCUGGAUGCCUGAACAUAUCAGCAGAAGAUUGCCAGGGAUGGAUCAGGCAUGCCAGAAGAUUUUUAGGUGUAUUGUCCUAGAUGACUUAAGAUGUGAUGUGAAUGAGAACCUGUGGCCAUAUACAGAAAUCAGAGUAGAUUAGCUUUCUUACUGUAUCUGUAUCGGUGGAUGGUGUGUAAACAUGGUCUUGUAUUUUGGAAUUACUCAGUGCUGAAAAAAAAUAUUGAAGUGUACUGCAUCAUGUCUGAUUCAUUUCAGUAACAUAUAUUGCUGUGAAUUCUAAACAGUAGAGAGGUGUCCUUGUUUUUCAGAAUAAAGCAUUGUAAAAUACCUGUUGUCAGUGUAUUUUUUAGGUAAUUGUUUUAUGAGUGAUAAAGUGUGUUUGUUGGCUGACAACCUUUGCUAGUGUUAUGAAAGAAUGAGUUGAUUUGGUAUUUGGUAGUGUUGUGGAAAUUUUAAUUUUUCAUAUGCUUUAACCUGUAUUCUUGUGAAAUAUGAUGCUUAUGGAACAUGAUAUGAUGCUGGCUUCAUUGGUAAUGUUUAACAUAGUGUUAACAUAGAUGCUAGAAAUAGAAAGAGCAAGAUAUGGUAUGGGGACAUGCAAGAUGUAUGUUAAAAACAUGUCUGUGCUAACAAUGUGGGAAAGUUACAGCCA